AAUUCCGUUUGCAUAUUUCUCAAGACCCCCAAAACAGCCCCCAAUGCUGCCCCCCACCCUUCUUUUCCGGCCCAUUUAAGUCUAUAUAUAUUUAGUAUCUCCGCCCCCCGCCCCCUCAUUCCCCCUCCCCGAUGGAGCCAUGGCUCGACGACGAUCUCCAGAGCCUCAGCUUCAACUCCACCACCACCACCACCGCCACCGACAUCCACCGCUCUACAAGCUCCGGCUCCGACUGGACCGCCCCCUCCUCUCACUUCCCCCCCUCCAAGCUCAACCCCUCCGGCGACCCCCACCUCUCCUCCCUCUCCCUCACCGACCUCCGCUUCCUCCACCGCCUCGGCGCCGGAGACAUCGGCUCCGUCUACCUAGCGGAACUGAAGCCGCCCACCUCGAGCCUCUUCGCGGCGAAGGUGAUGGAUAGGAAGGAGCUGGCGAGCCGCAACAAGGAAGGGCGGGCGAGGACAGAGAAGGAAAUUCUGGAAAUGUUGGAUCACCCGUUUCUGCCCACGCUCUACGCCGCCGUCGACACGCCCAAGUGGUCCUGCCUGCUCACCGAGUUCUGCCCCGGCGGCGAUCUCCACGUCCUCCGCCAGCGUCAGCCCUGCAAGCGCUUCCCGGAAUCCGCCGUCAGGUUCUAUGCGUCUGAGGUUGUGGUUGCUUUGGAGUACUUGCACAUGAUGGGAAUCGUGUACCGUGAUCUCAAGCCCGAGAACGUGUUGGUCCGAUCUGACGGUCAUAUAAUGUUGACCGAUUUUGACUUGUCCUUGAGAUGCGACGACUCGACCUCGACUCCGGCCCAGGUGAUCCCGAGCCAGAGCGUGCCGAGCGCACCGCUGCCGCAGGGCGACUACGCCCUCGACCGGCCGGGGUUCGGCUCGACCUCUUGCAUCCUCCCCAGCUGCAUUGUCCCCUCCAUGUCGUGCUUCCACAACAAGCGCAAACAGAGGAAGAAGGCCGGCCGCCAGGCGGGGCCGGCCUUCGUGGCCGAGCCGAUUGACGUUCGGUCAAUGUCCUUCGUCGGGACCCACGAGUACCUGGCCCCAGAGAUAGUCUCCGGGGAGGGACACGGGAGCGCGGUGGAUUGGUGGACCCUAGGGGUGUUCAUAUUCGAGUUGUUCUAUGGGGUGACGCCUUUCCGCGGGAUGGACCAUGAGAUAACCCUAGCGAAUAUCAUGGCACGGGCACUCGAGUUCCCUAAGGAGCCGGGGGUGCCAGCCCCGGCUAAGGACUUGAUAGCGCAAUUGCUGGCGAAGGAUCCGGUGCGGAGGCUCGGGUCGACGAUGGGUGCAUCGGCGAUCAAGCAGCAUCCAUUUUUCCAAGGAGUGAAUUGGGCGCUCUUGAGAUGUAAUCGUCCACCGUUCGUUCCACCUCCAUUCAGUCGAGAUCUUUUGUCGGAUGAAAGCUGCCCUGAUACUCCUGUCGACUACUAUUAGUAAAUUAGAAAAUCUUGGAAAACAAGAGUUUAUUAAAACUUAUGUAAAUAAUGUUUAAAUCUUCAAAUGUAACUGUCAUUCUACGUAUCACUUCUAAUUUUGGCAGUUUACUUUCUAUUUUCAUUUA